AAAAAAUAAAAAAAUUCACAAACUUCUUUCUUCCCCGCUCCAUUUGCGUGUAAGAAAACCUUCCCCGAAGGUCGUGUUAAUGGUCUCUCUGAGAUUGUUGUGAGGGAGUGAAGGAAAUAGAAAUGGGUUCGCAUGAAGAAGAGAACCGAAGCGAGCAGCCGUUACUGAAUCCGGACGAGGAAGAUAGCGCCUAUGAGCGCACCGAGAAAGUCCACAUCAUCGGACUUGACGAAGCCGAAACCGAGGAGGACAGCACAAAGACGCCGCCUUUUUCAUGGAAGAAGCUCUGGCUCUUCACCGGCCCGGGGUUCCUGAUGAGCAUAGCCUUUCUCGAUCCCGGGAAUUUGGAGGGCGAUCUUCAGGCCGGCGCGAUUGCCGGCUAUUCCCUGCUGUGGCUGCUCUUCUGGGCCACGGCUAUGGGUCUGCUGGUCCAGCUCUUGUCCGCCCGCCUCGGGGUUGCUACCGGCCGCCACUUGGCUGAGCUCUGCCGGGACGAGUACCCCAAGUGGGCUAGGAUGUUGCUGUGGGUUAUGGCUGAGCUGGCUCUGAUUGGGGCCGAUAUUCAAGAGGUAAUUGGCAGUGCCAUUGCCAUCAAGAUUCUCAGUAAUGGUUUCUUGCCUCUCUGGGCUGGUGUCGUCAUAACUGCUCUAGAUUGCUUUAUAUUCCUGUUUCUUGAGAACUAUGGAGUGAGGAAACUAGAAGCUCUUUUCGCUGUACUCAUUGGUGUUAUGGCAUUCUCGUUUGCGUGGAUGUUUGGAGAGACGAAGCCUAGUGGGGUUGAACUUCUUCUUGGUAUAUUGGUUCCAAAGCUCAGCUCGGGAACAAUAAAGCAGGCGGUGGGAGUUGUUGGGUGUAUUAUCAUGCCUCACAAUGUGUUUCUGCAUUCUGCUCUUGUACAAUCCAGGGAUGUUGACAAGCGCAAGAUAGGCAGAGUUCGGGAAGCGCUCAACUACUACUCGAUAGAGUCUGCAGUUGCCCUUGCAGUUUCUUUCAUGAUCAAUCUAUUUGUCACAACUGUGUUUGCCAAGUCAUUCUAUGGUACUGACAAGGCGGAAAGCAUUGGGCUUGAAAAUGCAGGGCAGUAUCUUCAGGAGAAGUAUGGAGGAGGGUUGCUUCCAAUCCUUUACAUAUGGGCUAUUGGAUUGCUAGCUGCUGGUCAAAGCAGCACUAUAACUGGAACCUAUGCCGGGCAGUUCAUCAUGGGAGGCUUCCUGCAUAUGCGGUUGAAGAAAUGGCAGAGGGCGUUGAUAACAAGAAGCUUUGCUAUUAUCCCAACUCUCAUUGUUGCCCUUAUUUUUGACACCUCCAAGGACUCGUUGGAUGUUCUAAACGAGUGGCUUAAUAUUCUUCAGUCAGUCCAGAUCCCUUUUGCUCUCAUUCCCCUUCUUUGCCUAGUCUCCAAGGAGGAACUAAUGGGCGUUUUCAAGAUUAACCCCAUCCUCAAGGUAAUAUCAUGGCUCGUCGCUACCUUGGUGAUUAUCAUUAAUGGAUAUCUCUUGCUGGACUUCUUCUCUUCAGAAGUUAGUGGAGUGGUGUUUACAUCUGCAGUAUUUGCUUUCACAGCUGCAUAUGUUGCCUUCAUAAUAUAUCUCGUGUCGAGGAACAUACCCUUUCUCCAAAACAAGAGGAUCACAGAUGAAGUGAGUUGAUUCAGUGCCCCUCCUAACACUUAUGUGUACCAUGCCAAUCUAACCUUUCCAGCUAAUGGUUGCUUCUUGAAUUUAGUAGUCGUGGGACGAAAAUGGAGAUAAGGGGCCCCUCUUUAUUACAAGGAAGAUGACAGAAUGUAUAUUAUGGUCUUGUAGAUCUUUGAGAACCUUGCAAGUUGCAACCUUGUAGUUUUAUUGUUAAAGAAGAAAUUACUUCUAGUA